GCACUACUCACAGACAGAUCUGAAUCUGUCACGCAAACUUUAAAAGAAGUAUAUUUGUCUAGUUGUUUUCGUUUCAACACUGAGUAUGUGAAGCCUUGAGACAGGUUAUAGACUCACGGAGCUCGGUUAGAAGACAGAGGUAAUUUCCCAAGUAGGAUUUCAGGUGACAAUGACGACCACACAGAAGAUGGAUGAUGCCAAACCAGCUGAUGACAAGGAAGUAUUUCAAUCACAUUGUGGAGCUGGGUCAUGUCGUCCUCAAGCUCUACAAUGUUUCAAAAAUGUCUUAUCGUUUUCCAUUUUCUACGGCAUGGCAGCCAUGAUCACACAGUCGUUGAGUGUUUACAUUGUCUCACAAGUCACAGCCCUGGAAAAGCAGUUCAAUAUGAACAGUACAACAACUGGAAUUAUUCUUAGCUGCAAUGACAUAGGUUUUCUGUGCACCGUUCUUUUCGUGAGCCAUUAUGGAAGCUACCGUCAUAUUCCCCGGAUCAUCUCUCUUUCUACCAUUCUGUUUGGCGUAUCAGGUAUUUUAGCAAGUCUGUGCCACUUCUUUGAUCCUUACCACUUACCCAAGCUUUCAACGGAGAAUGUGAGGAAUUCAUCUUUGGAUCAGAGUUUCAUGGCCCCUCUGUGUGACCCGAGCAACACGACGUCAGAUGGGUGUGGUGAGGAGGGCGUCACUACUGAUACUGGCAGUGCACAAUGGAUAGUGUGGUUGUUGGGUUUCAGUAUGGUUCUUCAAGGUAUUGGAAAAUCACCCCGGACCUCUCUGUCAACUACUUACAUGGAUGACAACAAUCCCAUCAAGACCAAAACCGGACUUUACAUAGGCAUCAGCAUGACAAUGACGCUGUUUGGCCCUGCAAUGGCGGUUGGACUAGGAGGCGUGUUCAGGACCAUCCCUGUUGAUCUGCAAGACACGUUGCUGACACCAAGACAUCCCAAAUGGAUUGGAGCAUGGUGGAUUGGUUUUCUCCUGUUCGGCUGCUUGGGUGUCGUCGUUGGAAUACCUUUACUGUUCUUCCCGAAACAAAUUGUUCCAACUACAGAAAAACAAUCAUCCAAAGAGGACGCUCCUGCUAAAGAGAAAAUAAAAGAACUGCCCCGGUCAAUGUUCCGUGUUCUGAAGAGUCCUAUCUACAGGCUGUCGCUGGUUGGUGUGCUCUUCUUGCUGUUUCUCGUGGGCGGAAGUCAGUCCUUCACAUCAAAGUACGUCGAGAAGCAGUUCAUGGUUCCCGCAUCGAAAACAAACAUCAUCCUAGGCGUACAGAGUCUCAUCAGCGCCACAGUCGGGACCUUCACUGGGGGACUUUUGACGAGUCGUCUGAAGCUCACACGAGCUGGUUGUCUCAAGUUUACCCUCUUCACGCUGAUUGUAGCCUUAUUGUGCAACGUUAUUAUGUUUUUCCUGGGCUGUGAUACACCCAAAAUUCAUGGGUUCCAUGACAAGGAGGGAAUCAUCACAUUUGACGACGGCAUCAGAGUGUGUUCGUGCGACAGCACCAGUUACUUUCCUGUCUGUGGGGACGACGGGAUGACGUACUUCUCCCCUUGUUUCGCUGGCUGUACAAACCAAACUCUAUCGAUGUAUGGGGGUUGUAGCAAGGUGACGAGCGGCCAGACAACGGCAGGGAUGUGUGUCAGCGACUGCCCCUACUUCUAUUACUACAUUGCCGUCGACAUGAUCCAGAAGCUGAUCGCUACUAUGUCCAUCAUGCCGAUUUACAUGACCCUCAUUAGGAGCGUAGAGGGCAGAGACAAGGCGACGGCGUUUGGGUUGUUUUCGUUCUUGGCAUCCCUGCUCGGAUUCCUUCCGGCUCCCAUCGUCUUCGGUUUCAUCAUCGACAGUACAUGCCUUAUUUGGGAGACGUCUUGUGGAGUAAGAGGUUCGUGCGGCCAGUACGACCUGGAAUCCUUGCGAGUCAGACUGAAGGCCACGGAAUGCGCAUUCAGGGUUGCUAGCUUGAUCUUCUUCAGUAUCGCCUUCAUUGUUCUCAAGUUACAAGGUUACGAUAAACCAACAGACGAAACUCUUGAAUGUGCGGCGGGAAAGGACAAGAAAAUGGAGUCGUCGGCAAUGUGAAUGAACAAGCUGUUCUGAAACACGUUACUUUCACUUUAAAACAUCGUAAAUUUGGUUACAAGUAUAUAUACAUGUGUACAUUAUUCAAGCAACACCCUGUUUUCUCAGACUGAGCGAAUUUAAUGAACUGAUGCAUAAAAUGUGUCAAAGAUCUCCACACCAUAUUAAUGUUGCAUUGAAAAGAAAGUGCUGAGGAGAAACAUAGCCAAGAUUACCGUGUCAUCUGGUUUAUUUGAAGAUGGUACAAAACAUUACGAAUUUCACUUAAAAAGUAAAAAAAAUUGUAAAAACAAGUAAAACUUGAUUUCCGCAAUAUAUUGGGGGUAUGACAUUUCACGUGCAUUGUGCGCCGAUACACGUGCAUUGAAUAUACCCACACGCAAAAAAAUUCUAUACAGCAAGAUGCAAAAUUUUAAUAAAUAAUUCAGAAAUUAUAGGUCUA